AUGGACAGCAAUUACCGAAAGGAGCUGGAAAUUGCCUUUGAUGCUUUGCAAAAAGCUUCAAGUCUGAGCCAAACAGUCGUGUCUGCGCAGGACAAGGCUGGGAUCGAAAAGAGCGACCUCAGCCCCGUCACCGUCGCCGAUUUCGCAGUGCAGGGCCUGCUGGCGGCAACUUUCAAGGGCGCCUUCCCCGACGACAAUUUCGUGGGCGAGGAAGAUGCAUCACACCUCAGAGACAACGAAGCCCUCCUCAACAGAGUUUGGGAGCUGCUGAGCACGGUGCCCCGCGAUGGGCUCACAAGGCUGCCCGAGUCCAAGCAGCAGCUGUGUGACCUGGUCGAUCUCUGCGGAUCUGGGGUGCCCGACUCGAGACGGACAUGGGUUUUCGACCCCAUAGACGGCACCAGAACGUAUAUGAUGGGACAAGUCUACGCCAUCAACAUUGGGCUGCUUGUCGACGGCCAGCAGAUGCUCAGCGCCGUCGGCUGCCCCAACACAUCCAUGGACGCCAAGGCGCCGCUGAACAACCCCGACAUUGACCCCUCCCACGGCGGCUGCAUCGCCUUUGCCGUCAAAGACCACGGCGCCUACGUGCGGCCGAUGCACGGCCGGCCGGCCGACGUUACGCCGCGGCGACUGCCCCCGCAGACGCCGGUCCGCGGCGUCAGCGACCUGCGCUUCGUGACGAGCCACGACAUGGCUGACUCGGUGCUGCCGGGGAUCCACGAGCGGCUGACGGCGCGCAUGGGCAUCGCGUUUCCGGGCUGCGACCUGCUGCCGUGGGUGCUGCGCUGGACGGUGCUCGCCAUGGGGCUCGGCGACACGACGGUGCAGGUGUACAAGAGCCGGCAGCGCCUCGGCAAGAUCUGGGACCACGCCGGCGCCAUGCUGCUGUACGAGGAGACGGGCGGCAAGAUUACCGACAUUGACGGCAAGCGGCUGGACUGGCUGGCCGGCCGCCAGUUUGUGCGCAACUUUGGCUUUGUCGCCGCGCCGCCGAGCGUCCACGCGGCCGUGCUGGAGCAGGUGCGCGAGACGCUACGAGAGAAUGGACAUGCGGACAUGUUGGAUAUCUAA